AUGGCCCAGAAAUCUAGCACUUUGCAUAUCCAUCGGGACGUUUACGAGCAUCUCGAGAACAUGUUUGAGAAAGGCAGCGCCAUGCACAAGAUACGGAGACACUUUACAACAUUGGCCUAUCUUUCGUGCAAGGCAGGCUCGACCACAAUACCGCCCUAUCUUACUCAUUUUGUCGAGAAAUUGGCCGACGAGAUCAUUUCCAAUGACCACUACCGCUUGAACGACUGGGAACACGCUGUUGGAAAGUUGAAGAAUCUCGCACCAACGACUGAGGCACUGGACCAGCUCGCCCAUGGUCGAAACCGACGGGCCAAUCACGUGACCCACUGUCAUCGCCCUUACAAUUACUGCGGAGAAAGCGACGAUGAAGAGGACGCGCCUAAUUGGUGGAAUCGUGGUCGACGCCUGGGUCGAGCAGACGGACGACAUCGAUCUCGAACAAUGCCUCCAAUUUACUAUCCACCGGUACCGCGCAUCGGGGCUCCCAACUAUCUCGCGCUGCCCGCAUCAAGAGGCAUUAUGAGCGGGUUUCCAUCGCCUGCUCUAUUCGCACAGGAGACCUUUCGCGAGGCUGAGAUGGACGAUAUGAGGGGGCAAAUGAUGUUCCUUGAGGACCAGGUAAAUCAGCUGGCAGUCGGUCAGCAGGCGCUUGAAGAGGACGUCCAUGAGGUGCAGGUGCAGGCUGAUCCUUUUGGGCCUCGUCUGCUUGCGUAUCACUAG